AUGCUUAGUUUACCUUUCGAUAAGUGGAGUUUAAAGUUUUUCGAUCCAGAAUUCGAAUCUCAGUAUGAGGAUCACUUAAAUAAAAUUAGAUUGAUAUCCUUUCGCAUACUAAACCUUACUAUAAGUAUUGCUGCAUUUAUUUGCCUUUUAACAUUUGUCAUCCAAUAAUAAUCUCAACUCUUGUCUAUACUGGUGAGUUUUGUAUCAGGGGGAUGUGUCUUUUUAUUAAUGAUAAGCAGAAGGAUCUUACCUUAUCUAAAAAUGGUAUUCUCAUUUUAUUAUGUUUGGGCAGUAACAACCAACAUUCUGAUAGCCUUUGCUGGCUUUUCUAUACCUAAUUUUAUAUUUGGCUUCAAUACCUGUGCCUUGGCAAUCGGUACAAUGUAAUAUAGCGAUAAUAGGCUUAAAGUAGCUUAUACUAUCAUCACUCCAUUCGUAUUGUUAGGUGUAUUCGAUGUAUAUAAGGCUGACAAUUUAGCCUUCGUAUUUUAGACUGUCUCAUGUACUACUUUUAUAGGAAUUUGGGGAUAUAUGAAUGAGUAUACAUCUAGACUUGCUUUUUCUCUUAAUCUAAUUUCAAACAAGCAAAAAGAUUUGAUCAAUGAAUUUGUAAAUGAUGCCAUGUUUGCUUUAAGUUUAGAUGAAAGAAGUAGAUAAUUUAUUUUAGAAUUUCAGAAUAACAGAUUCGUAGAAUUAAUGAACAUAAAAGAAACAGAACAAAUUAAAGGAUUUUUGAGGUCCACCUUUGUUAUGAUGAAAUCAAAUGAAAGCUAAACAAAAUUAAGAGAUAAAAGCUCAACAAAACUCAUAAAUCUGGAAGAAGUUUUUUUCUAAAGAAUACAGAGUUUUUAAAUGUUUUCAAAUUCAAGAGAUCAAUAAAAUGGUAAUUUGGAAAUUUAUUAGCAUGAUUUGAUUAAAAAUGAAACCAAAAAAAUGUGUUUACAAAUUAGAUUUCUCAAUUUUGGUAAACCUAUUAUUUUUGCCCUUAUCAAAUCAGAGCAAGUACCUAAUUUGAUUAAUAAAUAUGAAAGCCAAAUUAAAGAAUAUCAAUAGCUUAUCAUAAAUAUGUCUUCUAAAAUAAUUAAAAAGUAAUCUCUUCUUUAUGAAGAGAUGAAAAGAGUCAAGUUAGAAAACUCAUUCGAAUAAUAAAAAUUAAUUUAAAUAGAGUGUCUUAAUUUGUCUAUUAUUAAUUACAUUCGAAACUUUAUGUUGUUUUUUUAAAAAAAUAAAAUUGUAGGGAUGAAAUCCAUACUUCAACCUUUCAAGUUUGAAAAUUAUAUAGCAACAAUUAAUCAAUACUUUCAAGCUAUAUCUGCUCAUUAUUCUAUUAAAUUUAAGCUUUAAAAUUACAUUGAAAGGAACUGCUUAUUUAAUAUAAAUAUUAAAUAUCUAACACAGAUCUUAAUUAAUAUCUUUGAUGAGUUGAUAAAGAACUUAAAUGAAAAUAGUAUGAUCAGUUUGAGAAUAAUUGAGGAAUUCCAAUUGAAUCGUAAUGAAAAGAAACAAAAGACCCAAGGAUUUUAAAAUACCUAAAUUAAUGAUGGAUCUACAACAAAAUAAUUCAAGUUAGUUCAAUUCACAUUCAUUUUUUCAAGUAAUGAGUACAUUAAUUUAAAUAAUCUUACUUUUCAGAAGAAUUUUACUUACAAUGAUUAAAAAUCUCAUAUCUUUGAAGAUGGCUCCAUUAUUUCAGAAAUAACUUGCUUGCUCUUAGACAAUAUAGGUCCUAAUAAUAACAUCUAGCUUAAUUAAUAUCAAACACCCCAAAUGUCAACAUACUAGAAUACUAUUUCAUUCUUUAUAUUUUCUGAUUAAUCCUAAUUAGAGCCGUCUUAUUUAAAGGUUCGAGAAAAGCCUUUAUUAAUAUGA